AUGGAACAGCAAAGACCAUCACAGAUGGGUGUUCGACCAACCACUCCCAAUGGGAUGCAACCACAGAUGGCGCCUCAUCCACAGCCUGGCGUACCUGGUGUUCGACCUCUACAUGUUGUUAGUGGUGGAGCUCCCAUUCGACCCGUUAUGCAAGGACAACCGAUGCGUCCUGUGGGCACUCCUCUAGGUGCUCGACCACCCAUGAUGAGACCCAACAUGAACUCGCCUACGAGGCCCCCUAUGAUGUUGCCUCAAAUAGCACAACAGCAGCAAAGACCAAUGAUGUCUUCUCCUCCUCCUCAGCAACAACAAGCACAACAAGCAAUGAGACCAGUCGCUUCUCCUCCUCACAUGAGGCCUUUAUCGCCACAACAAGGCAAUUUGGUUGCACCUAUGCAAAGCAUGAACAUCCAGCAACAACAACCAACAAUGUCGCCUCCUCAAAUGCAACCACCUGUUCCUCAGCAACAAGUGCGUCAACCAACAACUGGCAAAUCGAGACGUGUCUAUGUCAGUCAUGAUACCAAUGUUAUGGGUCAACCUGCUCCAUCUCAACAACAACAACAGCAGCAGCAGCAAGGUCCUUGGCCCAACAGCCUACAACAGCAGCACCAUAACCCACAAAUGCAGCCUCAACAACAACCAUUCCAGCCUCAAGCCAUGCAGCAGCAACAACAACCUCAAUUCAGCCAACCUAGGUUCCAAACACCUCAGCCAACCUCUGUUGCUUCUUCUCGCUCUCACCACGCACACCAUCACCAAUCUGCUGCUGCAGGUGUUGGUUAUACCAAUGCGCCUUACAGCAACACAGACCAGCAACUCCCACCUGAAUUACGACCUCCCACACAACCACGUCCACGCAUUGAUCCCGAUCAAAUGCCUGCACCUGUUCAAGUUCGUGAGCAAGAUCAAGAGCUCUUUGAGGACAAGUUUUUCGGUACAUUGGAGCGAGAUCGAGUGCCAUUUGCUACCACCAACUUUAUCGGUCUAGACCAAGGUAACUGCAAUCCUCGAUUCAUGCGAUCUACCGUGGAUCGUAUGCCAUGCAACAAGGAAUUGGCCGACAGGUCCAAAUUACCACUGGGUCUGGUGGUUCAACCAUUGGCUAAAUUGAGAUCGGAUGAAGUGGGUAUUCAAGUCGUGGAUCACGGUGAGGAGGGGCCUAUUCGUUGUAGUCGUUGCAGAGCUUACAUCAAUCCUUGGUGCGUGUUUACACAUGGUGGUUCCAAGUUUGAGUGUAAUAUUUGCACACACUCCAAUGCAGUGCCUGAUUGGUACUUUGCCAACGUGGAUAUGUCGGGUAGACGUGUGGAUGUCAAUGAGAGGCCUGAACUGCGCUAUGGAUCCGUUGAAUUUGAAGUGACCAAGGACUAUUAUUCCAAGGACAGACCUCCUGUUGCUCUCAACUAUGUGUUUGCUUUGGAUGUUUCGGUGCAAGCUAUUCAGAGUGGUAUGCUCCAGAGUGUGUGUGAAGCCUUGAAACAUGCUCUCUAUGAUGGUCAAGGAAACCCUAAAUUGAACAACAAAAUCGGUAUUUUGACAUUCAACAAGGAUGUCCAUUUCUACAAUUUGGCACCUGGAUUAGCAAGUGCUCAAAUGUUGGUGGUAUCAGAUAUCAAUGAUGUGUUUGUGCCUCUUCAAGCUGGAUUUUUGGCUGAUCCCUUCGAGUCAAGACAUGUCAUCAUGGAACUCUUGGAUAGUUUACCACAGAUGUUCAAAGACACCACCCGUGCUGAAUCUGUGUACACGGCUGCUGUUCGUGGCGGUUUACAAGCUCUCAAGGACACGGGUGGACAGAUGUUUGUCUUCCAAACAUGCCUCCCCAACUAUGGCUUGGACCUCUUAAAGUCUCGAGACGACAAGUCCUUGUAUGGCACAGACAAGGAAAAGAACCUAUUAGCAGCACAAAACGACAGAUACAAGGAGCUGGGCGAGGCAUGUGUCAAGAGCGGUGUGUGCGUCAAUACCUGGGGCUUCCCUCAUCAAUACAUGGAUGUAGCUACACUCAACGUAGUCUCUCACUUGACAGGUGGCGAUUUCCGUUAUUUCCCUAACUUUUCUCUGGCUGAAAAAUAUCGCAUCAUCUAUCAACUGGACCAUGAUUUGCACCGUGAAACUGGAUUUGAUGGUAUCUUCCGUAUUCGUUGUUCUGACGGCUUGCAAGUGAUGGAUCAUUUCGGUAACUGCCACAUGAGUGUAUACACGGAAUGCGAUGUGGCUGGUAUCGAUGAAGACAAGACGAUUGCAGCUGUACUGAAGCAUGAUGGCAAGUUGGAUCCCAACCGAGGCGCUUCCUUCCAAUGUGCGCUACUGUACACCACCCGAGAUGGCCAUCGUCGUGUCAGAAUCCACAACUUGCAACUGGCUGCCACCGAGCAAAUUGCAGACGUCUUCCGAUAUGGCGAUGUAGACACCACUGUCAGUAUUAUGCUGAGACAGGUCAUUUUUGAUUUGCACCACAAGAAUAGAAAGGAUCUGCACAAAAAGAUGACCGAUGCUUGUGUGGAUAUUUUGACAGCGUAUCGACUGAACUGUGCUGCCGCUACAUCUCCUGGUCAGCUGAUUCUACCUGAAGCCUUUAAGCUGCUCCCUGUUUAUGUUCAUGGUGCUAUUCGAUCUGCAGUUUUGAGAGGAACUGGCAACGACGUCAACAUUGAUUCAAGGGCUGCUGGUAUGAGCAUGUUCAACACACUCAGCGUAGCUGAACUGGUGUGGACUCUAUAUCCUCGCAUGUAUCCUUUGCAUGACCUCAGCCUACAAUACAACACAGCAGAUUUGAAUGGGCAAAGCAAGCUACCCAAGAUGAUCCGAUGCUCGUAUGAUAGACUGGACAGUAAGGGAUGUUAUUUAGUAGACACAGGAUCUGAUCUGUACCUCUGGUUGGGUAAAUCACUAUCCACUGAAUUCAUUGAAAAUCUGUUUAAUGUCAAGACGCUGGAUGAAGUGGACCCCAAUAUGAUUACACUGCCUGUGCAAGCCAAUGUGCUGUCUGAAGAAGUGCACGGUCUGAUGAGACAGCUGCAAGCCUCUCGCGUUAAAUAUCUGGCGCUGCAUGUGGUCAGACAGGAAAAGGAUGCUCUCGAAUUCAUGUUUGCUACUUGGAUGUCAGAGGACCGCAAUGUCGAGGUUCAGACGUAUGUGGAUUACAUGUGCGUAUUGCACCGCAAGAUACAAGAAGAGAUGAAAAAGAAUAGCAAUUAA